AUGCCGUUGUAUAAAGAAGACAACUAUUUGGUGAUUCUGCCUGGCUCCAAGGUCUCCCUUUUCUCAUGCGGGUUGAGAGAUUCCUUGUCCCCCCCGCAAUUCAGGAUCCCUUCGGUUGUUUACCAAAGCCACCUGACGCAAGCAUACCUCAGCACCCCCAGCAACGACGACGGCGACGACGGCAACGGCAACGGAAAUGACGACUUGAAGCCCAUUUACCCGAUUCAAGACUCGAAAAUAGUUGACCUUGACGCGUUCAAUGCUCUACUACGGAUUAUUUUAUCGAGCAUCAUCAAGCUGAAUCCGAUUUUGACCAUCAACCACAUACCCAUGUUGAUAAUUGUGCCGAGUCUAACAUGGUCCAAACGCCAAGUUGAAUACAUAACAAAGUUUGUGUUUGAAAAGUUGGAAAUCACAGCGUUCAACAUCUUGGAUCUAAGCCUUGCCUCCGUUUUCAGCAUUGGCGGCGGAACAGUCAACUCAACAGUGGUGUACGUGGAAGACUCGAGUAUCCAAGUGGUGCCCGUGAUUGGCUACCAGUCGAUCAAAUUUGCCGGCCUGUACAUCAAGGGGGCCGGAGCUCAUAUAAUCAACGAGGAAAUUAAGGAAAAGGUGAAUGAUUUGAGCGACAGCCAGAUUGAAGAUUUGAAAUACAGUGGCAUAUUCGAGUUUUUGCCAGAUGGGAAACAGGAUGCUCAAGCUGACGCAGCGGCGGAUAAUGCCGAUGGCGAGUUUGACGUGGCUAAAAUCGUAGCAGAGUCGAACGGGGCCGACGAGUCGGAGCAAACCAAAAUCAAGAACAACAGGAAAUACGACAAGAAUUUCUUUAUUGACUCCCAGACAAAGGAAAAAAUCACCAUUGGCAAAGAGAGGUUCUUUACCUCGUCACGACUCAUUGAUGUUAUUGCCAAGGGGAUAUACGACACGCUUUUGAACAUUGAUGAUCUCGACAAGAGACAAGACUGCUACGACAAUAUCAUCCUCGUUGGACCCGUGUUCCAGAUCCGCGGCUUGAAAAAUCAAGUCAUUGCGAAAUUGGAGAGCGAAUACUUGGUGAGAGAACCGCCGAGCGACAAGAAUGGCAACACAGAGUCAAAAGUCAACUCCGCGAUUGCCAGGUACCAGCAGACAGAUGACGUCGACGACGGAGCCCAUUUGCUGACCCUUAGUCAAGUGCCCAAUAGCAUAGGCUUGGCGAAGCUACCAGAGUAUUUCCCCGAGUGGAAAAUACCAAAAGCGUUUGGCGGCUCGUGGCAGGACUUGUAUUUCCUUGGAGGCGAGAUCUACGCUAAGCAGAUUUUCUCAGGUGGGUCGCAUCACAACAAGGAGUUGUUUGUCGGAAGCGACAUGUACGAAGAGAGGGGGCCACAGAGUAUAUGGGAUGUUAGUAUCUAA